UACAAAUAUUAUUGUAAACCGUCCAAAUAAAUUGUUGAUCAUAAUUGUAAUGUGGUAAUUGUAAUAUUGAAAAUUAUCGAUGGAUAAUAAUGAAAUUGACGUUUUAUUCAAUAAAAUUGAUAAUUUAAAACGUCAUCCAUUGUUAAGACAAUUAAAAAUUAAAGAUCAACUUGAUAUUCCUCAAGCUUGUCUAUUUGAUAAAAUAAGUAAAGAUAUUGGAAAAAAAGGUCAACAACAACAACAACAACAUUCACCAUCAUCAAUGAAACAAAAUUCGUCAUUAAAAGUGACCGAUACACAGACAGUGAUUCGAUUGAAUGAAGCAUCUAAAGUGUUGGCAAAUAAUCAAACUACUACUGGUGGUGGUGGUAGUGUAAACAAUCAAACAACCGAAAUGAAUUCAGAAUUACGAAUCAUCAUAAUUGAUGAGAAUUGGAGCCAGUAUUGUUACCGGAUUAAAAUCAAUACACCAUUCGGUAAAUUAAUCAAUCGUUUUUGUCAACAGGUUCGAAAAGCUGACAAUAAAUCCGUAUUGUUUUGGUAUCAUGGACGUUGUGUUGAAGAUGAUGAUACACCACGUACAUUAAACAUUAAAGACAAUGAAGUGAUUCUCGCUCAUUACAUUAAAUAAUAUGCAUUUUUUUUUCUCACCUAUUUAGACAAUUUAGGCAUGAAAUUUAGUUUUUAUUUUUAUUUUUCACCAUAUAUAAUUUAUCAAACAAAAUCUUCAUUCAAAAUGUGUAU